CUCUCGUUCUCGCGAUACUCUUGAAAGUAGACCAAGGCAAAGAAAAUGGAAGGUCCUCACAAGAUAGUUCCAGUGUUAGAUGGAAAAUAAUCCACUUUUGUCGGAGGUAUGCGUUCAGACUUCCUCGUGGCAUCCAUGCAAAACAUCACACAGCCGUUAAAGCAUUGAUUCCUUCCUGUGGAUGUCAGUGUGGAACCAAUGGAGAAUAUUGUGGCCUCAGAGAAGCAACAGAGUAAAUCAGAAACUUCGAAUGAUAAACCGGGAUUGUCCCAGAUUAGAAAGUCCUGGGGUUUCAGGCGAUCAACUAUAGCUCAACGCGAGUUCUUGGAAGAAGUUGGAGACUUAAACCUCAGCCCCCCACCUCUUCGGAGAGUCAGAGGCCGUCGUCAAACAUGCACAACACUAGCCUCGAAAGACGACAUCGAUGCCCAAUCUCAGGAAACUUGUACUACUAUAGAAGCUCUUGAGUGGUCUGCCCCAUCCUCCCCUAUAACUGAAGAGACAAAGCCACCUUUAGCAUCUGCAGGAGGGUGUCUUGAUCUAAACAUGUGGCAGGAUGUUGGGUCUGCUUUUCACACAGCUUUCACGCUUCUUGGUGGGGAUGAGGAUUUGUCAACGGAAAUGUGUCAAGCUUUGGCAGUUCCUGAUAAUUUGGGACUUGACGACGCCACAGAGGUCCCUCUUCCACAUACUACAGAUGACACAAAAGUGUCGGAACCCUUAAGGCCUGCUUUGGAUGUUUGUGUUACUGCUGAAACAGAGGCGAAAAUGGAUGUAGAGGAUGUAGUUAUUAUCUCAAGUACAGAAGAGGAUUGUGAUGAUAUGUCUUUGAUGCAAAUCAAAGCGAAGUUGAAUUCUAAAGCCAAGCAGGGCGGCAAGGGUGGAAGAGGAAAGGCUAAAGGCAGAGGGAGAGGUAGAGGUAGGGGUAAAGGGAAAGGAAGGGGCAGAGGAAGGGCUAAGGCAGUGGAGGUUGAGACCAUCAUGACGGAUUAUAAUGAUAGUGAUGUGAUACUUGUUAACACAUCAGAUACAGACACUGAUCCUACAUUGCGUUCUGUUCAACAGACGAGCUCAGACUUUAUUAUUGCAGACACAGAAGUAGAUCAGAAUAUUGACCCAACUCUAGGGCAGUAUGAUGAUGCAGAUGAGGACGAGGGCAAGCAAGGGAAUAGCGCCAUUAUGAAUAUAAUGGAAAAUUCAGGUUCAUCACACUCCAAGGCUCAUGACCUGAAUGCUAUGUGCAGCAUCUGCCAGCAAAAAUACAACAAUAGGUUUGUGGUCUCCUGCCACAGUUGCCAGGAAUAUUUUCAUGGCGACUGUGUUGGUGUCAGUGAGGCAGAAGGCUGUAAAGAGUACACCUGCUAUCCUUGCACUGCAAAGCAGAUGAGCCAACUCCAAUCUGAGUGUAACUCCCAGGCAGAGCCAGAAAUUUCUCCUGUGAGCUUGUCCCUCAGUCUUUCUGGUGAACAACCGAAAGAUAAACCGGAGUUGGAUUUCCUGAAGAAUACUGCAGAGUUGAAGGCGAAUGACAUAGAGGAGGUUCCGACAAUAGAGUCAGAGUCUGUACCUGACAUUGAAGGGGAAAUGGUGACAGAUUGUUCCGGUCCUCUGUGUAUUGGACCAGGAUGUUCCAAGCCAGCAUUACAGGACUCUGUUUAUUGUGGCACUGAUUGCAUUAUUCAGCACGCUGCUGUCACUAUGAAGUCCCUCUCUGACCCAAGGGUACAAAAUCAUAGAAGUCAAGUUCAGAGAAAAGCCACACCUACUGCAAAGGGUCAAAGCUCUAGUAGGGCGUCGGCGAAGUUAGCAGCAAAAGCUGCAGAAUCGUUCAAAGAAGAGGAACUGAUGGAAACUGCUGGGGCACAGACAGAAGCUACAGCUACUGUAGCCCGUGACCCCACUGUCACAGAAGUUCAGGCCACUCCGCAACCAUCACCUAAGUUUUACACAGCGUCUUCAAAGGAAUGCAAACAAAAAGAGACUGAAAGUGACCCAAAAAUAAAAUCAAAAGAACCCAGAGCAGAAGCGCAUCCCAUACUUCAACCUGUGUCUGAACUGGUUGUCCCACAGAGUAACUCUCAGGACAGCACAAAGGAGUCCACAAACAGUGACACCUUACUUGGGACAACUGAAAAAUCAGACCACUCAAUACCAAACAAAAAAACAAAAUCUGAUCCAUCUCUGGCCUCACAAUCAUCAACCACAUUAAAAGCUGAACACAGUGAAACUGGGUCCGUGUUGAAGUCUUUGACAUCAUAUAUUAUACCAAAGAAGCAAUCUGGACUUCAGUCCUCAUCCAGCCACAUGGUAGCCUCAUGCCAGAAAUCUUCGGUCUCAACAAUGCUGAACGAGACUCGAAAUCUGCCCGUGCCACCUGCGCCAAGUGCUCCCCCGUCACGACCUUCUCAACCAAAUAACCAGGUCAGACAGAGCAUCCAGCGUUCCCUCACCAGCAUCUUGUCCAAAAGGGUUUUCGAAUGUGAGGAUUUGGACAUAUCUGAAAGUGAUGCCGUAAAGCUUGUUGCAAGCAUUGAGACUGAGAUGUUUGACAUAUUUCGCAAUACAGACAGUAAAUACAUGAAUAAGUACAGAACAAUCAUGUUCAACCUGAAAGAUCCCAAAAACAAGGGCUUGUUGCAUCGAGUUGUACAAGGGGACAUUAGUCCUUUCAGACUGGUUAGGAUGAGCCAAAAGGACAUGCAGUCUACCAAGGUCCCUGACCAAACAUCAGAGGUUAAAAAUGCAGUUGCAAAAGCGCCAAGUUUGAUGCAGCAGCCUGAAGUGGUGCAGGUUGAUCUUUCCUGUUUAAACGUCACUAAACCAGAAAGAAGACCGUUGGGCAAUAAGAGAAGUCUUUCUAAUUCCACUGUUGCUCUCAAGAGCAAAAUGAGUGAGCCAAGCAAAGGGAGUGCAUUGCCAGAUGUUCUUUCCUGUAUGUUAAAAGACACUACCUCAGAACACAAGGCUCACCUGUUUGACCUAAAAUGCAAGAUUUGUACAGGACAAAUAAGGGAGGAGGAACCACCAAGCAAAAGAAGUAAGGUGUCUGAAUCAAGCAAUAAGCCAUACUCACGGCUAGGAGAGUCUACAGGAGAUGACUCACCUCUACGAGCGCCCCCUGACUCACCUGACUCUGAUUAUUCAUUGUCUACUUUCGACUCUUCUUCCCGUCUUGUAAUUGACACCAGUGAUUUUGCUGUCAAUGAAUCACCAGCUUCUCCUAUUAGGGAGUCUCCAGCCUCACCGACUUUAGAGUCACCUGCGUCCCCUGUCAUGGAGUCUCCUAAGUCCCCAGUUUCUGACGGUUCAAAAAUCACAUCAAGACGAACUUAUACACCUGUUGUGAUUCCAGCUGUCUCCACUGUAACUAUUACAAGGCGAGACCCGCGUACCGCAGCUAGUCGGAGCGCCGCUACAUCACGUAGCACCUCUGUUCCCACAAAUACACAAAAGAGUCAAUCAGCACCUUAUGCCCCUAUUACGGAAAGCUCUACUUCAUCUGUAUCAAAUUUGCCAGCACCACCAACAAAACCACUACCAAAACCCAUCCUAAUGAAGCCAUCCUCCUCAGCCGAUCCACGACUGUAUAGCGCAUCCUUAAGAAAUGUGAUCUCUGAAUCUACUGCCAAUGGUGAAACUUCACAGUUUCUGGCUAAGCAAGAAAUACUGUGGAAAGGUUUCCUCAGCAUGUUCACUGUAUCGAAGUUUGUUACGAAGGCGUAUCUCGUUUCAGGAUCUGCCGAAAUUUUGAAAUCGGAACUGCCUGAUACACUAGAAAUUGGUGGACGAAUCAUGCCUCAAACAGUGUGGGACUAUAUUGCCAAGCUCAAGACCAACAUUACAAAGGAGUUAUGCGUGAUCCGCUUUCAUCCUUCAUCUGAAGAAGAAGAGGUGGCAUAUGUCUCACUCUUUUCCUACUUCAGCAGCAGAGGGCGUUUUGGUGUAGUUUCCAACCACAGCCGUUCCAUCAAAGAUGUUUACCUUGUACCAUUAAGCGCAAAGGAAUCCAUCCCAUCCAUACUGCAACCUUUAGAAGGACCAGGAUUUGAAAAGAACAGGCCCAACCUUCUUCUUGGUUUAGCAAUUAUCCAAAAAACAAAACGUCCUGGAAGUACACUUCAGGAAAUGGAAGAAAAGAAAUCAAAAGUUCCCUCUAAAGACCCUCUUUGGAUCCCAAAACCUCCUGUCCUCUAUGGUUCCGACAAAUUGGAAGUUUUCAAACCCUAUGAUCCUGAGACCCCUGCAAGCACAACCCCUCCUUUAUCACCCCCUUGUCCUGAAUCACCAUCAGAAUCAUCUUCUUCUGCAAAAAUAAUUCCAUCACAUCUGACCUCUAUGAAAUCAAACUCUGAAGUUUCAACUUCAAGCCCUCCUGCAUCCAAUCCGUCCACAUCCAGUAGCAUAUCUGAAAGCAAUAUGAAAACCCCGAGUGUUACACCACUAUCAACUAUUCUGAAUGCACUGUUCAAAAAUAAGCAAACUAACGUCAUGGUCUCUAAUGAGGAAAAAUGUACUACUAAUGUGACAACAGAUAGUGAGAAGGUAUCUGUCAUUCCUCAUGUAUCCAGAUCAAUGAUGGAUCCAAUUGUUCAACAAUAUGGACAGAAAUCCAAAGUCAAAGAUCUAGAAGAGGAUGACACAUUUGAUCGUCCUUAUGACCCAGAGGAGGAAUAUGACCCAGCAAUAGGAUAUGAAACGUUUUCUUCACAAAGCAAAGGAAAGAAUUUGAAAAGCCCUCCAUUAUCAAGUACUGUAGAUGAUGAUGUUGCCUAUGAUCCAGAAGAUGAGACUAUUUUUCAGGAUGUCCAAUGUGAUGCAGUGAAGCAGACUCAAACUAAAAUAUUAACCUCUCCAGCAUCAUCAUUUCCAGUAACCACACAUGUUGAUACACCAUCUUUUUCAAAAAGUUCAAUCCAGGCCUCUCCUCUAGCUGCAGUUCCACAGACUCUUCCCACAGGUACUGUAGUUGUCUCAGCUGCGACACUGACUGAGCAGCAACGAAUGCUUGAGGAACUUAAUAAACAGAUUGAAGAGCAAAAACGACAGUUAAAGGAACAGGAAGAGGCACUUCGUCAACAAAAAGAGGCUGUAGGUAUAUUCAUGGCUCAGUUUUCUAGUAAUGAUCCCAUGAUGUCUCUUCCACCAAAGCCGCUGCCUCUCAGUCAAGUUUUCCCAAAUCAGAGUGGUGUGAAACAUUCAGAGCCUCCAGAAUCAAAAAAUCCCGAUCCUGAAGAGACCAGCAAUCCGACAGAUGGUGUGGAUGCUCCUGACAGACUGUCUCAAACUGUUAAGCAAGAAGGUACAAUCAUCACAUCAGUUAAAAAAACAGAUGAAUUAUCUGAAAAUAUAAAGGAAAGUGAAAAAUCCUCUGCUGGUGAGAUUGAAGAUUCUGAUGUACCUUAUGAUCCAGAGGAUAAUGUUUUCAAUGAAAUCCAAGAGGAUGUUUUUCAAGGAUGCACACAAAACAGACGGGAUUCUUCUUUAUCCAAAUCUCCAAUUUCAUAUCACAGCAGAAGGCAUAGGUCAUCACCAAAGAGACGAAGUCAUCGUGAAAGAGACCGCUGCAGAAGUCCUUCAAGGAGAUCCCAGCAGCGGUCUGUUUCACGUUCCAGGAGACAUAGAGGAAGAGAUAGACACAGAAAAAGUGAAAAAGACAGGUCAACACACAGAAGUAGAGACCACUCUGAACGGCAGGCUCGUCACCAUAAAUCACGCAGUUUAAGGCGGCAUUCCCAUGAUCGUAGGAGGUCCACAUCCCAUGCUAGAGAAAAUGUUUUGGUGCCACAUGCACAGAAAGAGUUCAAGGCAUCCACUAAUAUCACUGAGAAACAUAUGCAUGUUACUUUGAACUGUCAGUUGAACCAAGAUGUUGGACAGGGCGAUGAACAAAAUUUCAAAUUUGAUAGCUCUGAAAAAGAAAUUUUACAAGAAAAUUUGCCCGUUUUAAAAAUUGGAACUUCACAAUGUCCAAAUUACAAUGAACCCUUAGAAAACGAGGACAGUGCACUUAACACUGGUAAGGAUCUUACCACACAGAUAAUAAAACAGCUGGGAGAUAAAUUUGAAAGUUCCAUUCCUUUAAGAGAAAUUGACCCCCCCAUUCGAGAUUCCCCUGAGAGUCCUGAUCCUGAUCCACGAUUUAUAAAACCAAGUGGUGUGGAAAAUAUUCCCUGUACUGAUGAAGUCAUUGAUUGCGAGACACAAGUCAAUCAGUUAGAAAAUGAAGUUCAGCAUAUCCAGACCCAAGAGUGUGAGGUGAAAUAUUUAGAUAGAAAACAUUCAGAAAAACUUUGUCAAGUGCUUGGAAAUUUAAUUUCAUCUACAAAAAUGGGUACUGGUUUAGCAUCUCCAUUGGGCCAUGGUUUAAUAAGUUCAAAACCAGGUAGUGAUCCAGAAAGAGGGAUUGAAGUUCCAAAUCAGAAGGUACAAGAAAAUACGUCCCAUUCAGGACAACCAGCUAACAAGGCAAGCGCCUUGGAUAUCAGUGGUGUACAUAUUGAAGGCAUGGGAGGAUGUAGUGGCCCCAGUAAAGAAAGUAAGGGUUACCUUCAAGUGAAGGACUUUCAGCAACAUGGGAGGGAUGCUGAUUUGAAUAGCAUUAAUUGCAGUGAAAAAAGUAUAUUAAAGUCAAAUGUCUCCACAUAUUCUUAUAGAUACUCGUGUACAGUAUCCCAAGCAACGUCAGAUGAGAAACAUACAAGUGAAAAAUUUGUAGAAACAGAAGAGCAGGCAUCUAUGUGUAGACAAGGGCUAAGUAUAAAUUACAAACAUUUUAAAUCUAACACUUCCUGUGCUAGACAAGAAAAUGUUGGAUCUGCAAACUUUUUCAAAGAAUCAUCGUAUGGUGUUGACCUCCACGAGCAUAGAAAGCGUGAUGGUACAGAAGUUUCUUCUUUAGGGCCAGAUCAAGUUGUCACUUGUAUGGGUGGCCAACGUUUAAUUGGUGCUGUUGGGUCAAAUGUUCCAGACAGAGGCAUUGGAGAAUCAUCUCCAGAUAGCAAUUAUGUAAGCAUUCAAGAAAGUAACAAGCAUGAUCAAGGUCCUGAGAGAGCAAAUGAAAAAAAUCCUCAACAAAACCAAUCUUCUAUUUCUGGUGACUUGAGAACUCAAGGAUCAUUGGGAGAUUCAAUAAUACAACAUAGAAAUGAUGAAGGUGGUGUCCAUCAAUCUGGUUGGAAAACUACAAAUACAGAAAUCCAUGUACCCAACAGAAUAGACCCUUGUAAACCAUGGUUUGAAAUGGGAGCACAAAAUGUAGGGCCUUCAAAUGAUGAUAGAAGACCAGGUGGUUCGGACGUCAUUGGACCAACGGGGGGAAAUAUGUAUAAUGAUACAUCUGUCCCAGUACAUAACAGGAGCGACCCAGAUGGUCUCUAUUUCACUGGACCAGGAGCCAGUGUCAGAGGACCCGAUAGGCAUAACUGGAAUGGACCAGAGAGGUUAUAUACUGACAAGAGAAUGACCCCGCUUGGUAGAAGAGGACCAGAUUUUUGUGAUUUUAGAACACAAGAAUGGAACACUGGAAAUCCAGAAACAGCUGAUACUGUUCUUGGCAGUAAACCAGCAUGUCCUGAUUUCAGUAUACCAUUCUCUGAAAACAAACAAGAUCAAUUAAGAUCACGUUUUGAGAGAGGUCUGUGUAAGGAUUCUCCUGCACAUGAGAAUAGAGGGCCGAGAGAUGCAGAAGGCAAUGAUGUCACGGGCCAAGACCCUGCCGUGGAAAGUCCAAGGAUUGACGCAAAAGGGUUUGUAGGCUCCCAUUUCAGUGGGCCAGAGAAUAAAAGGAGGGAAUUAUUAUUAAACUUUCCCAAGUGUGACAGAAACAAAUCUGAAUUUCCAAAUUUUAGUCCACUAGAACCUAAGAGAGGAGAAAUAGGAAGGACAUUUUUUACUGCACCAGGUCUUGAGAGGGAUAAUCAGAGGGGUCAUGGUUUUUCAAGGUGCGCCAUAGAGGAUCAAGUAACCUCUGCUGUCAGGGGAGAUCAACACCCAGAUGACUUAGACCUUGCUAGGCUCAGACCUGGAAGACCAGCUUGGGAUCCUCAGUCAGAAAAUCAGACUCAAAGCCAGGAAUUAGUCUCGCACGACUGGAGCGAUCCAGACAUUAUGGGACCAGGACUUGCAAGAAAUAACCAAGGGCCUGAUAAUACAAAACGUCAACAAUUUAUGGAACGUAAAAUGGUAGAAACAAGAAUUCCAAACCGACCAGGGGAUCAGCAUUUGGAUCCAAACACAGUCUGCCCGGGGCCUGAGAUAAGACAUCCAUAUAAAGACACAGAUCGUCCUUUUGGAGGACACGGCCGAGAUAAAAUACUUCCAAAAUUGAUGGGUACUGAGCGUAACUGGAGAGGUCCACAUUUCAGAGCUGACUUAGAGAUUCAACGAAAGGGUCCAACUUGUCAAGAUUUUAUAGAGCCAAUAUGUGAUAUCAGAAAUCCAGGCUUUGAGGGCUUUGGGCACGACAGACGAAAACCAGCAGAUAUUCACCUCCGAACGAAUUUUGAGGAGGAUCCAAGGGGACCAGGUCCUAAUUGGAGAGAAAUUCCCCGGCCAUUCAUGGGGCCGGAAGAAAGACAAAACAGCAGAUUGGGCCCAGAUGACAGAGAAUAUCAAAGGCUUGGAAGGAAAUGGGACAUACAAGGGGAGGACUGGUUAGAUAGACAGGAAAUACAAUUUAAAGAAGAGUGGGAUCGUCCAGAUGACAGAUAUCCAUGGUCAAAUUCUGAGGGUAGUGAUGGUCCAGUUUUUGAACACAAUAGAGAGGGGCCUUGUAAUGAACAGAGGGGCCAUGGGAUAAGGGAGCAAAGACUAAGACCUGACUAUGCACCUAUGCCAUUUUCUGGACCAAUGAGAGUUUCAGAAGAUAAUUGGCGUGGUCCUGGCUUGAGGGAUCAAAGGCCUUUCCAAGGUAAUGCUGAUAUGGGGGGUCCUAGGCGUGAUAGAGAAGGACCUCGAAAUGACUUUGGAGAGAUUGGAGGUGCUGAGGCAAGAUGGAUUUCUGAAAAGAUGGGCCGCAGGGAAGGCAAUGGAAGGGGAGCUCGCCCCAUUGGAAUAGGUCAAGACAUUAGGCAGUCACGAGGUAGCAGAGGUCCAAGCAUGGAACGGUCAGGGCCUGUAAAUAGGAUUCCUGGUGAUAACAAUUCAUUUCAAAACAGAAGAGAAGGUGAGAUGAAAGACAGCCAUGAGCAAAGAAUAAUAGGAGAUAUACAUUCACGAAACCAGGAAAAUCCAUAUCGUGGAAGGCCAGUGAGUGACACAAAGAAUUUGCAUCAAACAGAAAGAGAAGGCAUAGACAAUAAAGGUCCUAAACCAGGCAGAUCUGAAACUGAUUUUAGAAUGCAAGGCCCAGACAUGAGAAGGUUUAAUGACAAAACUGAUAUGCGGGGGACACCUGAAAAUCCAAGACCAGGACCUGAGCCUGGUGAGUGGAAUCCAGGCACUGAAAUGGAGAAAGUGGGCCCAGGUUUACACUCAAGGGAACAUGAUCCUGCCAUGAAGGAUGGCAGGGAGUUUUCUGGCAUAAGAGACUCAAGAGGCUAUAAUACACAACGGUUUCACAAUCGCGGUGGAAGACCCACAAACAGGUCUCGAGGAUUCGGUGGUCUUAUGAGGGGUCAUAGGAGUAGUGCUGUAAAUCCAAAAAGUCAACCAGAAGUUAAGAUCCCCAAAACUAGGUCUGCCUUACUGCCUACCCCAACUGAAGGCCGCAUAUGUUUACCAAAUCAAAAGUGAGCAAUCCAAGCAUGUUCAGCACAAAAGAAAACGAGACAGACAAACCCCUUAACAGACAGUGGAGUAGAGGCAGAUUAUUUGAUCAAGAAAGACAAGGAGGUGAGUUAGAAAAAGGUCCUGUUGGCAAGGAGGGAGAUAAUUGUGACAUUAAGUGACAAAUUGGAAGCCUGUGAUUCACGUCAAAAACACUAAAACUAAUAUGGCAUGGGUUGAUUGUAACUUAAUAGCUGCCAUUAACGGUGACGUCCAUUCCAUGUUGAAAAGUUCAAAAGUAUUGAACGUCCGUCAUGGUCAUUGUCAACCAAUGAGUAAUGUGUAUCAAAAAUAUUUGUAAGGAUGUUAAUCAUAACAUAAAUUGGAAGAGUCCAUGCCGUAAUGAAAUUCUAACAUGACCUAAAGACAUAAUCAGCAUUACGAUGACAAACUUAAAUCUCGUCAGGUACCUCUGUUCACAAUAAUAUAUGUGUUUUGCUUGUUUCAGUUGGUAGUUCAUAAAUCCAUGUAUGAUUCUCUUUGGACGAAAUGUGUCUAACCCUAACCACUUGUUAAAUAAGGUCUUGGAGAAAUAUCACGAAGUUUAAAAACUAAUUGUACAGAAUUGUAUAUGGUUGAUUUAUAGUUCUCGUUUAUGUUAUAGUGUAUAUGUUGCUUCAGUUUAUGGCCCUUUUACAACAAAAACAAUAAAAAAGGCCUAGCUUUUCAA